AUGGCUGAAUCAACGCCGUCGCCAAAAGCGAUAUUACGAGGGCACAAGGCCCAGAUCCAUGCUGCCGCCUUCGUGAGACACAACGAGCGCCUUGCGACGGGCGAUGCGGAGGGCUGGGUUGUGCUAUGGGACCUCACCAUUAUGCGGCCAAGGGCCGUUUGGAGGGCUCAUGAGAAAGCAAUUCUCGGGAUAAAAGGGUGGGGUCGCGACAAGAUCAUCACCCAUGGCCGCGACCACAAGCUUAUUGUGUGGAAGAUUAGAGAGGAGGACGAGGGUCGGCUCAGCGUUUGUCUGCCCCUGGAGGACACCCCCACGCCACGCCCCCAGCCAUGGGUGCUUCAUCUAUUGGAGGUGAACACAAUGAACUUUUGCUCAUUUGCCGCCUGUCUCAGUGACGCUGCGCAGGGCUCUCUCGAAGAGGCCGCACCAACAGCAGAAGUCACCAUCGCCGUACCCAAUACGCUGGCGUCUGAAGCCAUUGACAUCUACACCCUCCCAAGCCAAGACAGGAUUCACACUAUCAAAUCGAGUCAAAAAAAUGGCAUGGCCAUGAGUCUGUCGCUUUUUCAUCACCAUGGGUGUCUGACACUAGCGGCGGCUUUUGAAAACGGGUUUGUUUCUGUACACCGUCUGGGCUCUGAUGGGUCUUGGACGAUGACCUAUCGAUCUCAGGCACAUACACAACCGAUUCUAUCUAUAGAUGUUCAUCCGAAUCGAGAAUACUUCUUCACAUCAGCAGCAGACGCACUGAUAGCGAAGCAUCCUAUCCCGAUCUCCCAGCAAGAGCUGAAAGAAUGGGAGCAUCCGCUCAAAGUGAUUAAUACAAAGCACUCUGGCCAACAAAACCUCAAAGUCAGAUCUGAUGGCAAGUUGUUUGCCACCGCUGGAUGGGAUUCCAAGAUACGUAUAUAUUCGGCCAAGACUCUCAAGGAGCUGGCCGUGCUAAGUUGGCAUAAAGUCGGGGCGUAUGCCGUCGCUUUUGCCACUGUUGAUGAUGCAAGUCCUUCAUCAAAUCCCCCCGAAAUCGCCAAGCCUACUCCGUCCGAGCAACCAACGGAGAGUAUUGUUAAAGAGGCCACUGGUGCGUCACCGCAAACAUCAUCCAAUAAUGCGCAAGAAGCAACGAGCCUGAUAAAGGGACCCGGAAUGAGCGUCAAAGACCGUAGACUCCAACUUGCAAAGACAGCACACUGGAUUGCAGCAGGUGCCAAGGAUGGGAAAGUGAGCUUAUGGGAUAUAUACUAA